AUGCUUUUCACACGAUUGAUUGUUCUACAUCGAACACGAGUACUUUCACCUUCCAACCUCAUCCUGCAUUCCCGAUUUCAUCAUAACCCCCUGUCAACCACGACAUCACCCCAUCCCCAUCUACACCUACACCCCUAUCCACAUCCUCGUCCUUACAGUACCAACAUGGCACCCAGCGCAACAGAGAAACGACAAGCCAUGGAUGACGGCCACGAGCAACACCAACUUGAAGGCGAAAAGAACGAGUGGAAGUUUAGGGCGCCGUACAAGGUACAUGAGAAUAACGAGGGCUUCAAGGCGUAUUAUCAGGGUGGAUGUCAUUGUGGGAGGGUCAAGUAUCAGCUUGGACGGGAGAAACCGUUGAGGAGCAAAUAUUGUCAUUGUACUACUUGUCAGGUUUUGCAUGGUUUGUUUUCUUUCUAUUUUCCCUCCUUCUUCCUCUCCUUAUGUUACUCCCUUAUACCACUACCACUCUUUCCUCUCCCAAACCACCCCAUUAUUCUUUCUCCAUCAAAACUAAAUCUAUUGGCGGCUAUAGGAGCACCCUUCCAAUGGGCAGCCAUCUUCCACAAAGAAGAUAUCAACUUCACACACGGCCACCACGAUCUCGGCUGGUACGAGAGCGGGGAGAAAACGACCCGGCAUAAGUUACCGUGUAAGGUCUCUUGUGCGUAUUGUCGGGCGCCUAUUAUGGAUGAGGGGAGGAAUAUGAUUUUGCUUUUUCCGAGCUUGAUUGAGUUUAAGGGGGAGGAGGAGAGGGAGAUGUUUGGUGCUGAGUGAGUACUCCUUUUUUUUGUUUUGCCGUUUUGGGCGAUAAGGGGUGGUUGGGGUGGUUGGGGUGGUUGGGGUUAUGGAGUGGGUAUGUGAUGGGGAGGAUGGAGGGGAUUGGGAAAGGAGGGUGUGAUGGGAGGACGAAGUGGGUAAAUGGGUGCUAAUGAGUGGUAGUUGUCAUAUGUUCUAUGAACAGCGGUUACUUGAUAUUCCUGAUGGGUUGCCCAAGUGGAGUGGGAUGAGUGAGAAGAGUGAGUUGAUUUGUGAUAGUCCUGCUGAGGCUAUUAAGAAGAGGAAGAGGGAGGUUGAGGAGGAGAAGAUGAAGGAAAAUGGAGAGAAGAUUGGGAAGAGGGAGAAGACUGGGGAAUGAGUGUCGCGAGCUUGGAGUUUUUGGGUUGAUGAGGUUUCAUGUGCUAUUUGGGAAGUGGAAGGUGAUUCUUUUUACGGUGGGUGACUGAGAUGCCUUUGUAUUUUGAGAGCAAGGUUUCGAGGGCUUCUCGGUUAUGCCCUGAUUGACCAGGGUGUAUCUUAGAAAAUCAGAGAGCAUCUCAGUCACGUAUCAUUAUCUUCAAGGCUAUGUGGAAGAUGUUUGAUGUUUUUCUAUGAAUUCUUGGAUGGUCUAAUAGUGCUGAUGUCGAAAAGUAUGAAUACAUCUGUCUAACGG